AUGGAAUCCGAAUCCUCUAGCCUCUCAGUCACUUCACAAGAUCAUGGUGAUUCUUCCAAAACAAAAAACGUUUUGAACAAGAAGAAGAAUGAACAAGGUCAAUCUUCAAAAUCCAAUUCCAAGGCGCCUAUUGAUUUUGCGAAGCUAUCGAAAGAGGAUUCGGUUGAUGGGUCAAAGGUGCAACAGCACAAUGGUUUUAGCCCUAUUUAUGUUGUUGGUUCGUCAUCUAAUUCACCUAAUAACAACAACGAAAAGAAAGACGAGAAAACCAGUGAAGAGAAGAAUUUGGAGUCAAAGAAAUCUUAUUCGUGCAACUUUUGCACGAGAGAAUUUUCCUCUUUACAAGCGUUAGGAGGACACCAGAAUGCCCAUAAAGCAGAACGUGCUUUAAAAAAACAACGUGAACAAAGAUACGACACUGAUGUUCUAGAGUUAGGACAAACUCACUUGAACCCUUAUUUUCGUUAUCCUAGUGCUCUUCAUUCACCUUAUGGAGCACUUGGGGUUCGAAUGGACUCAAUGAUUCAAAAACCAUCUCUUUUUAACGCUAGGGUUAUACCAAAUAAUUUUGCGUAUGGUCAUGGUGGUUUGUGCUUGCAAGAGACAUUACACCCGUCUCUUGUUAGUUUGAGAAAUAAUAUGGAAGGUAGUAGUAGCAGGGUUGGAAUUCUAGGUCUUGGUGGUGCAACUUCUUCAAGGGUUGAAAAUAGUGCAAAUAAUAAAAUUGGUGAUUUUCUAAAAUUUGGAGAUUCUUCUAAAGAUGUUGCCAUAAGUUCAAGCUCUAAUUUAGAUAAGAAUUUUUGUGUGGCUCCUGCUUCUAUCAAAUAUGAUAUUCAUCGACCAAAGUUCAACUUUGAAGAAGAACCUUCUGAUUCUGAAUCUUCUGGACUUGAUCUGACUCUUAGGCUUUGA